AUGGAUAAUCCUGAUUGUUCUGAUACUGAUAACGUUAAAGACCAAUUAAAAACAAGCCCGCAAGAUUCUGUUCAAGUCGAUGAAGAAUUUAAUGACAAAGUUAAAUGUAAUACACCUAUUUGCAAAAAAG